GUUUCCGGUUUCUUAUCACGCUAUUGUUACUGUGUGUUCUUUACCGGUUUGCUUAUCUGUGCCUCGCAGACAAACGAGUAUGCUUGUUGAAGUAGACCAGCGUGCGCUUUAUAAACAUGAGAUAUGAUCAGUAGAAGAACUGGACCGUUCAUAUAAAACGGAAACGUGGAUGUGGUGGACUUCCAGUUCAGAAAAAAGACUGAAACUGUUCCGGAGAGCUAUGGAAUAAACCAAAAACACAGAGAACUAAAUCUUUAACUCUUUAGCUUGGAUUUUGCCUCCUGGUGUCCACAAUAAGCAGAGCUGAAGUUGCAGCUGCGCCCAUGAAGGCCUUGUUUCAGCGCCGGCUUCAGAAACUGAGGCUCUAAACGCAGUACAAUCUGCAGUCCCUGUGUGUGAAUGCUCACUGGUCCAGGUCUCUACAGCCAUGGAGUCGUAUCUUUUCCCCUUCGAUGGGCUGAUCUGCAUGCUCCUGGGCAUCUCCUUCACCGUGUGGUUCACACUCCUGCUGGUCUUCAUCAUCGUGCCUGCGGUGUUUGGCAUGUCUUUUGGUAUCCGCCGGCUCUACAUGAAUUCCCUGCUGAAAAUAUUUGAGUGGGCCACGCUGAGAAUGGAGAGAGGAGCGAAAGAGAAGAACCAGCGGCUCUACAAACCGUACAGCAAUGGGAUCAUAGCGAAGGAGCCGGCGUCUCUGGAGCAGGAAAUACAGGAAGUGAGACGUUUAGGCGGAGCCGAGGCCGAGUUCGACAUGUCUGACAUCUUGUUUUUCUGCCGCCGCGGGGUCGAGAGCAUUGUGGAUGACGAGGUGACGAAGCGCUUCACAGCUGAAGAGCUAGAGUCGUGGAACCUGCUGACACGCAGCAACUAUAACUACAACUUCCAGAACAUCAGCAGACGGCUGACGGCGCUAUGGGGGCUCGGCGUGCUCAUCCGCUACGGCAUCCUGCUGCCUCUCAGGGUCACUCUGGCUUUUACUGGCGUCGGACUCCUCGUGGUUCUCACGUCCCUCAUCGGCCUGCUCCCAAAUGGCGGGAUGAAGAAUUUCCUGAGUGAGAAAGCUCAUCUGAUGUGCUACAGGAUCUGCGUUCGAGCUCUCACAGCCAUCAUCACGUACCACGACAGUGAAAACAAACCCAAGAACGGAGGCAUUUGUGUGGCCAAUCACACGUCACCCAUCGAUGUAAUCAUCCUGGCCAGUGACGGCUGCUACGCCAUGGUUGGGCAGGUCCACGGUGGUCUCAUGGGCGUGAUUCAGAGAGCGAUGGUUAAAGCCUGUCCGCACAUCUGGUUUGAGAGAUCAGAGGUUAAAGACCGGCACCUUGUGGCCAAACGGCUCAGUGAUCAUGUUGCAGACAAAACCAAGCUGCCCAUCCUCAUUUUCCCAGAGGGCACCUGUAUUAAUAACACCUCAGUAAUGAUGUUUAAGAAGGGAAGCUUUGAAAUCGGAUGCACCGUCUAUCCAGUGGCUAUAAAGUAUGACCCGAGGUUUGGAGAUGCUUUUUGGAACAGCAGUAAGUUCGGGAUGGUGAAUUAUCUCCUCCACAUGAUGAGCAGCUGGGCCAUCGUCUGCAGUGUGUGGUAUCUACCGCCCAUGAGCCGAGAGGAGGAUGAGGACGCUGUGCAGUUUGCUAACCGGGUGAAGGCUGCCAUUGCCAGGAAAGGCGGUUUAGCCGAUCUGUUAUGGGAUGGUGGGCUAAAGCGGGAGAAGGUGAAGGAGGUGUUUAAGGAGGAGCAGCAGAAACUCUACAGUAAAGUGUUAGUGGGAAAUGGUGAGGACCGAAGUCGCUCCUGAUCACAGACGCGCUGCCUGAUUGCAAGCAGACCUACUGACGGUGCCCAGAGCACAGGAUGUUUCUGAACCAUGGCACAGACCAAAACCGGGCCAAGAUCGACACCUUGCUGAACUCCUCUGCAAGAUUAACACUGAACUGAAGUCAAUUGAAUUAAACAGGUCUGAAUUGAACAGAUCUCAUUGAGAUGGAACUGAACUGAAAACGACCUUAGCUGAAUGAAGCAGAUUGGAACUGACCGGAGUCAAAACGGAGCCUGAAAUGAACAAAUCUGAUCUGAAUUAAACCGAGAUGAACUGCUUUAAGUGGAAUGGAACAUGUUGAAUUUGAACGGAACCACACUGAAUUGAAUACACGGGUACAGGUCAGAACCGAACCCAAAAAAAUCUCAACUAAACAGAUUAACCAUGUAUCGAACGGAAUAAAACCGGACUCAACUAAGCCAGUCCGAUCUGAACUGAAACAGAUCUGAAUCUAUCAGAUCCAGACUGAACACACCUUGAACUGAAAUGAAAUGCGUCAAUAUGAAACUCAUUCAGACUGAACUAAAGGACUCUGAAUUUAAUUACCCUGUUCAAAUUGCAUUGAAUUAUCUGAAUUCAAAUGGAAUGACUGAGCCGAGCUGAAUCUGAAGAAUCAAAUUGGAUUUGAACUGAAGGACACCAUUGCUUGUUGACAGAUUUCAAAAAAUGUUACUUUGCACACUUUUGCACGAGUCCAUGCAGUGGCAUUAUAUUCUUUUACUUUCCUUGGGACUGAGUCACAUCAAAUAAAUGUUUUUGUUUUCAUAUUUAUUUAGUUUUCUUUUGUUGUGUGUGUAGUCUGUUACAGUAGGGACACAUUUGCUGUCUGAGUGCAUGUUUUCUUCCUACAGGAAGAAAAAGUGAAGACGUGUGUCUAAAAAUCUGUUGCGGUUUUCCUUUUAAAAAGAAAAGAAACUCAAUGUUUGGAUUAUGAUCUCUCAAGCUGACGUUGGACACCCAGGCAAAGCGUGUGCUUUCUCAUUUAGGUGUUCAAUCAAUGAAAUAUCGACAGUUACAGAUAAAGACAAAGAAGUUGUGUAACAUUAUAUGCUGAUAAUUAGAUAUACAAUCUAAUAUGCUUAUUAAACACGCACAAUAUUGUAAUGGCCACUUGAGAACAUUGUACGAGAUUAAGCCUGCAGAGUUCAAAAGACACCAUAAGAUAAGGGUCUCAUCUGGGCGAAAGCAAUCUCGUAAUUCUGUGUAUCGGAUGAGAGUGAAAUAAAUAGGGAAACAUGAAAAUGUUGGGUGAUAGCAAAGUUAUGAACUUGAACACAUCUGGAAUUCUGUUUAAUCCUGUCAGAAUGGUCUGCUCUUGUUUCUCAUUAAAUGAAUAUCUUGUAUUAACA